UUGUUAAUGGACAAUAGGAGCCUCUGAGCUACAGCACCAGCAGCAAAGAAAGAUGAGAUCCCACCCGGACUGGAGUCACGGUGGCUCUGGGACCCAGGCAACAGGGAAUCCGGGAUAAGCUACAUGAUGACUGUGUCUCAGCGGCUGCUUGGGGCUCGGGUCUCAUGUCUGGGGGCAGUGCUGGGCUUCCUUUGCUUCUCAAUGGUGCUGAAGGCAGCCCCUGAGUUCUCAGGUUACCUUCAAAAGGUGCUGAAGAACCACACAGCCCACGCCUGUGAUGGGGAGCAACUGGGAGUCAUUUGUCCCCACAAGACCUCCAUUAGCAUCCUAUCUGCAUUUUAUGGGCGUCGAGUGCCCAGCCAGAACCUCUGCCCGAGUACUGGCAAUAUCUCUGGUGAGAGCAUCAUGUGUGUAUCUGCCACAGCCCGCCAGAAACUUCUGGAUGAGUGCCAGGACCAGCGCUGGUGCCAGUUCUCUGUGCAUAGUCCAGUGUUUGGGCCCGACCCGUGUCCCGGGACACACAAGUACCUGAUAGUUUCAUACAAGUGCAGACCAGCUAACCACCGCAUUAAGACCGUGUGUGAGAAUGACAAGCUGAGGCUGCAGUGCAGGGCUAAAUCUGUCCUAGCAAUUUACUCCGCAAGCUAUGGCAGAUCCAUGCGGGGCAAACCAGAGUGUGACUCUGCGAACAGGACUGGACUCAAUGUAGAGUGCUUAGCUCCUGAUGCCUUGAGGAGAGUCUCUCGGAAGUGUCACAGGAAGGAGAACUGCACCAUCUUGGCUAACAAGGCCACCUUUGGUGACCCCUGCUUCCCUGGCGUGAAGAAACAGCUGAGGGUCUCCUAUACAUGUGUGCCAAGGCAGCUGUUUGAGGAGGUGGGCCAGGAUUCCUCAGACCCCUUCUCGCUCUCCGACUACACACAUGGUGGCUGGUACCAUGGGCCGAUGCUGUCCAGGCUCCGUGAAGAUCUGAUGAUUUUUACUAGCUCUCUGAAAACGUUUGCCCACCUCUGGGGUGUCCCCGAGAAGGUGGGCCUCUAUUUUCUGUGUGGGGUCUCCGGAGGCCUGGUGUUCCUGCUUUGUAUCUUCAGCCCCAAAAUGGCCUUCAUACAGGACAUGAAGGAGGUCUUAAAAGACUCAAAACUGGGGAGCAGCUCAGAGCUAAGCCGGACCAAGUUACGGGAUGACCACGACGAGGACAACCACAACGACGACAGCUCCUCAGACUCCUCAUUCCGCCACCUCACCCGCACCUACUGUGCAUCCAACAACAUCUUCAGCCCGGAGCUGACCGCAGCCCUGGAGGGUGCUGCUGAGCACAGGGCCCAAGAGGGAGAGGAGAUCUGGAUGCUCAAAGAUUCCAGCCCCUAUGCUAUUCACAAACUCAAAUCUGCUACCAAAUGAGAAUGAAGAGCAGGGGCCACUGGCAGGGCAAUGAGCCAGCUCCACAUCAGCAAGCAGCUCUUCCUAGUUACAGAUCCAAAUAAUGGAGUGGGAACAGGGUGGGAAGGGAGACAAUUUUCAUCUCCGGGGACCCAAACUCAUAACAGGCUUAGGUCACGUGCAACGAGUAUGUUGAUAACAGUCUGAUCCCUGAUAGAGAUUUAUCAUGACUCAAACAAAGCUAGGCAAACUAAUAUACAUUCUGUGAACACCAUGUAAUAACUUUCCUGCUAUAGAAACCAUAGAUUCCAUAAUCAGUAUUUAUAUCACACACAACAAAAGCACAUUUGUUACAAUUGGCAGUCUCUGCUCAAGAGGCGAGCUGGUUGGAGAAAUGUAGACAUAAUCAUAUUCCAUCAGAAUAUACAGUUCUGUUGAAAGCAAAACAUUUAGCAAAAUUGGGUUGAAUUCUGCCUGAACUUUGUUUAGGAAGAAAUGCAUGGGGGAAAAGGGAUUCCAACAAUGUUGAAAUGACCCGUACCAACAUUUUCAGAAUGAAACUUUUUUGAUUUUUUUUUUGUUUUGAAACAACUUUUAGUUUAAAAUUUU